UGAUUUGGAACUGGAGGAAGGGGACAACCCUAUGGCAGGUUAUAAAGGGGAGGUACGAAGGGGUGGCGGCGGUAGUAUGAUGUUCAAGUCGAGCAUGUUGGCAUCUAAGGGUGGUAUGGGUAGCGCUGCGGUGCGACGAGAGGAGGGCCAGGGCGCCCCUGACACCAGUAAGGCAGUGGAGGCCCCUUUGGAUGCUCUGUACAAGCUGGUGUUGAGUCAGCAGCCCUUUGGCCAGGUGCAGGGACAGGAGGAUAAGAUUGAUGGUGUCGGCGCUACGAAUGGCGAUAAGGUCUUCACCUCCCCUAAGGCGUAUAGGGAGGCAUUCAAGCGGCCGAUGUGGCUGGAGUGUCAGGAGGGUCUGCGUCAAUCUCUCACUACCCCUGGGUCGAGCACUAUGAUACACGUCACAGUACUGAGGUCUGCUAGGAGGGGCAACGAAUGGUAUGAGCUUGUCAUCAAACCGGCUGAUUUCGAUACGGAGACGGUUACUCAAGGAGAUGUACUUCUACUGUGCAGCGCCGACAGCCCUUUCCUGUCCGAGCUCUGUAGGGGUGUACCUGUGAAUGAGUGUAUGAGCAUGGAGGCGGCUAGUCAGAACGGCAUUAUCAUGGGCGUCUGUGAGGGGACUAAGGACGCUCUGAACUAUUCGGGGUCGAAGGCUGAUAAGGGUAAAGUGGUGCUACGGUGCAUGCCAGUGGGGCCGGCCUGCCCUCUCGGCCUUUCACCUCAAGAGAGCAUCCAGGGACGGGAGAGUGUUGCUGUUGUUGUCCACAGUAUUCUGGCUGUGAGCAGGGAAUGGGAGGCCUUGUGGAGUAUCGACUCGGCUCGGAAGCUCCUCCCUAUCGUAUUGAACCCCGCGAAGGCCGCAGCUGCUGAAGCUCAGGAGGGCAGUAGUGAGUACCUCCUUACGCCGUCGACUUCAUAUGCACUUAACGAGGGUCAGAGCAAGGCAUUGGCUUACGCCUGUGACGCUUCUAAACGGGCUGUACUCCUACAGGGUCCUCCGGGCACUGGUAAAACUAGGGUGGUAGUGGCUAUACUGCAGAGCUCCUCAGAGCAGACUCGACGGAAGUUCCCGAUCCUA